AUGCUGUUGAAGAUGGCUAGCUUCGAAGGUAAGACUGUCAUCGUGACAGGCUCCAGCUCUGGAAUCGGAAGAGAAACGGUACUGCUACUGGGCAAACGUGGAGCUAAUGUUGUUGUACAUGGACAGAGAAAGGAAAAGUUAGAGGUAUGUCACUUUUAAUUGCCAAAAAAAACUAUUUUACUAUUUACAUAGGUCAAAAAUUAAACAGAAUUCUAAAUAAAACAAAAAUGAUAAGCUGAUAAAAUAAAAUCGACAAAAACUAAAAAAAAUCAAAAUUUUAUUAUUUCUACGUACUUUUCGACCAAAACUAAUUCUUUAGGAAACAGUGUCAGCAUUAAAGUCAGAAGGUGUACCAGAAAGCAGAAUCCUGGUCGUAACUGGGCCAAUUCAAAAAGAAAAGACACAAGAUGCUCUUAUCAACGAGACUUUGGCCAAGUUCGGUCAAGUCGACGUCCUCAUUAACAAUGCUGCCGUCUCUCACAACAGCACUGACCCUGAUAGGAACAGCAUCACCAACUUGGACUUUAUCUACCAGGUCAAUGUUAGAAGGUAAGGCUUAACAUACGUUAUGAUUCAAUUUGGAUCACAAACUUAAUAUACCAUAAGUUAUUUUAUAAUUUGCCAUAAUAUUAUUAUAACACCAUAUUGACAAUCAUAUGUAAAAUAUAAAACUUUUUAGCGUGUACCGACUGAACGAACUAGCUCUACCACAUUUGGCCAAGACCAAAGGUAAUAUUGUCAAUAUCUCGUCUGUUGGUGGCCAACGAGGCCAAGCCGUGCUGGUUCCUUAUGCUAUGACAAAAGCUGCUCUGGAUCACUAUACAAGAAGUGCUGCCAUCAACUUUGCCGAACAGGGUGUGAGAAUGAAUGUUGUAAGGUAAGAUGAUGCUGUCAAGGCUGAGAAAAAAUGCUCGUGAACUAUUGAGAGUUCAGUGCUGUCAUAAAUAGUUUGCCCACCAUCACAGAUGAAUUUACUUUUACUGUUUAUCAUACAGUAAAAGUAAAAUUUUCAUUAUUUGUAAUAAUCACCCACUAACACAAGAGAAAAUGUGAAUUUUCAGCCCCGGCCCGAUCCAGACUGACUUCCUGGCUAGGCACGAAGCCCCUGAACUGAAAGAAGCUGUAAAUGAAAUAUUUGUAAAGUACGGCUCCAUGGUACCCCUAAAACGCCCAGGGGCCCCAUCAGAAGUAGCUUCUCUUAUUGCUUUCGUCAGUAGUUCGGAAGCCAGCUACAUCACCGGCUCCAUCUUGGUCGUUGACGGAGGUUACUUGUGUGGACAACAAAUUUCGUAAGUUCAUAUCAGUAUAAAGCCUUUUAUGCUACAAUAAUCCUAGUAAAAAAAUUUUUUUGGUCCACUGGAAUUUUUUUUUCGUUUUUUUCACGUACAGGUACCUACCUGUGGAUUUUUUUUUGGAUCGGCUCUGGGAGUCACCCCAAACCACCCCCCAAACGAUGUCCCUGGCUAUAACCUCAAUCAGCAUUAGCAAACGUAUACAUAAAUUAACCUUAUUUUACAGCCUGGACCCCUAA